AUGCAACAGCCUCCUGGUUUUGAAGAACAAGGUCCAAACAUGGUGUGCAAAUUGCACAAAGCCAUCUAUGGCUUAAAACAGGCCCCUCGCGCCUGGUUUGACAAACUAAGGACUUCUCUCUUACACUACGAAUUCCACAGUUCAAAGGCAGAUGCCUCUCUCUUUAUUCGGUUUCAGAACAAUCAUACAACUUAUGUUCUUGUUUAUGUAGACGACAUCUUAAUUACUGGAAGUAAUUCAACAGAAAUAUCUACUCUGAUUGCUCAACUGAACUCCAAAUUUGCACUCAAGGAUCUCGGGGAUAUCAACUACUUCCUAGGAAUCCAAGUGACUGCUACAGCAAAUGGCCUUCACCUUUCACAGACAAAGUAUAUAACAGAUAUACUCUGCAAGGCCAAACUUGAAUGUGCCAACAGUCUUCCAACUCCCAUGACAGGUGGGGAAAAACUAUCAUGCAUUGGCAGUGAUCCUGUCAAGAAUCCCCAGCAGUACAGAAGCUUGGUAGGUGCCCUUCAAUAUGCAACCUUGACCAGACCCGAGAUUGCCUUUGUUGUAAACAAAGUAUGUCAAUUUAUGCACUCACCUCUUGAAUCUCACUGGAAAACAGUAAAAAGAAUUUUGAGAUAUUUAAAAGGCACACUCGACUAUGGGCUUGACAUGUCUCGAUCAACAUCCUUAGACCUGGUUGGUUUUUGUGAUGCAGAUUGGGCAUCCGACAUCAAUGACAGACGAUCUACCACUGGCUUUUGUGUUUAUCUAGGCUCCAAUCUCAUCUGUUGGUCUUCCAAGAAGCAACACACUGUGUCCCGAUCCAGCACUGAAGCUGAAUACAGAAGCCUUGCUAGCCUCACAGCAGAAAUCACUUGGAUACAAAGCUUGCUCAGUGAACUAAAGAUACAAAUUCCUAGGCAUCCAACCAUUUGGUGCGACAACCUUAGCACAGUUCUCAUGUCUGCCAAUCCUAUUCUUCACGCAAGAACUAAGCACAUAGAACUCGACCUGUACUUUGUGAGGGAAAAGAUUCUUACCAAAGCUCUAACUGUCAAGCACACCCCUGCAUACGAUCAAACUGCCGACAUACUCACAAAGGCCCUGUCCAAUGCACGAUUUCUUCUUCUCAGGGACAAACUUAGGAUUGUAUCUCUAUCCAACCUAAGUUUGAGGGGGGAUGUUAAGAGUAUAGAAUAA